AUGUUGUCCCUUAUCAUGCAUUUCCGUAUAAUGCAAAAAUUUCAGCAGCUCACCUGUAUGUAUGUUGUCCCUUAUGAUAGCGAUGAUGUUGUCUCCGACGAAAAGCCAGUUAUCGGAUUCACCAAUGCAUUUGGUUGGCUAGUAGGCAUGAUGGCUAUAAUCGAUCUCUUAUCUGAGUACGUUGUGGGCACCAUUGAGGACGCAUUCGAAUCAUGGGGUCUUUCAGUUAGCUUCAUUAGCAUAAUCCUGCUGCCGAUUGUUGGAAAUGUAGCAAAACAUGCUGGUGCAAUCAUAUUCGCUUUUAAGAACAAACUGGUAGUAGCAAUGGGCUUCCAAGUCAUGGCAGCAAGCUUUAAUCUUCCAGGCUUUGGAGCUUUAUAUCUAUCUGUUGGUGGGAUGCUACUAUGAGUAAUAACACCUUAGCCUAGAGAUUUGAUGAUCUUGAAGAUGAACACAGAACUAGAAUAAGAUUGUAAAUGUUUAGAAAAUGACACCUAAUCUUUGAAUCUAGCCUACAUUUGGAAAAAGUUAUUCAUACCAUUUUUAUGGAAGAACCAAAUUUCUCUUUCUCAAUGGCAAAAUACCUUAGAAAUCCAGUGUGGAAGGACCAUUGAAAUUGUCAGAACUUGGUUGGUUGUUGUCUUUGGAAUUAGAGCAAAAUCUUUUGUUUUGAGUUUUUUGUAAUGUUUUAAAGGUCUGGAUUUUAUUCUAUGUUUUGGGAUUUUGGGUGAGAAAGCUCUUUAAGUGUUGGGUCUGGUUUACUUUGAAUUGGAUUGUUGGGAAUUUUGGUAAAUUUUUUAAUGUGCGAGGAAUACAAAUCCCAAUAAGAUCUUUUAGUUAUUGGAUUUGUUUUCUUAUUUGAAGUGCUAACAAUGUAAGUAGGUGUAUGGGUUUACAACUUAGUCAAAUAUAUAUCAUCUGCAUUUUCUAUG